UAAAUUCUUUAAAUUAAUCUUCAAGUAGUUAGUUGUUUAUUAGGAUAAAGAAGAAAAUUUAAGGGAUAAGUACAGUAUUCAAAAAUGUUAUUAAGUUAAUCAAUUCAAAAAGCUGUCGCUAAUGCUUUCAAGUAAAUUAGCAGAUCAUAGUAUAAAGCCAUUUCAUGUUUUAGCUCUUCAGAUAAAAACGAUAAUGGAAGUAACAAUCAAGAAGGAGAUUCUUCCAAAAAUAAUGAAAAGAAAUAGGCUACUACUAAUGAUGAUAUUUAUAUCCACAAGACCAGCUAUAAUUUAGAACAAUUUAAAUCGUAUACUUAAAACGUUGAAAAAGCUUUGAAGGAUCUUAAUUAAGAAAAAGAAAAAUUAGAAAAUUCUUCUCCAUUUGAUCUUCUACCUCGUAGAAAGCGUAGAGUUUAUGAUCGUCCUCUUCAUGAUCUCGAUAUUUCUAAUUACGAAUGUUGGAGAUCUUAUGAUAAAAUGAUUUUCAAGACUCACAAGCAUGCAGCAAGAGUUGUUUGCAAAAUCAACUUGUCUCCUCGUGCUUUAAAGCAUGCUUUUGGUAUCGGCUCUGAUGUCUCUAGAAACUCAGAUGUCUCUACUAGAGAAUAUGAUUUUGAAGAUUCAAAUUUAGAUUCAUUCUUGCUUUACGACUACAAAGCAACUACUGAGUAUCACGGAAAUAACGAUCCUAACUACGAUUAUUAAAACUAAGAUUAAGUCCCUCCAAAAAAAAGAAAGUAAUAACAUCCCACUCCUUAAGAAUUUUGGGAAUCAGAUGAACCUCAUGCUUUCAGAGUAAACUGCAGUAAUUAUGCUGAUUACCACAAAUUUAAAAAAUGGAUCUAAACUGAAAUUGAAAAAAGAGCUUCUGAAAAAUCAUAUGAAGAGAAAAUUAUUGAAAGAUUUGGACCAUAUAAGAUUUAUGAUCAAUAUGAUUAAAAAUAUGACUUAGUUAAAGAGCCUUCUGUAUUUAAAUAUGGCAGAGAAUAUUAUUUAGAAAAAGGUAAAAAAUUCUCAGAAAAGGAAAUGGAAGAAAAUCCUUAUCUCAAACCAAUUAAGCCUGCCAAACAAAUGGAAGACAAAUACAGAGUUGCUUGGCCUUAUCAAUGGAAUCCCAAACCUACUUAAUGA